AUGGAAAAUGGCAUUCCGGUGAGGGGAGAUCAAGAAAGGCAACGUGAGUCCAGAAAGAAAGAUGCGAGAGCUAUGGCUAUGAUUCAACAAGGAGUUCAUGACUCCUUGUUCUCUCGCAUUGCUGGUGCACACACUGCUAAGGAAACAUGGGAUAUUUUGAGGCUUGAAUUCCAAGGUGAUACUCAAGUUCAAGCUGUUAAACUACAAGGCCUUAGGAGAGACUUUGAGAAUCUGAUGAUGGGAGAAUUUGAGCAAGUUGGUGACUACUUCUCCCAGGUUAUGGGGAUAGUCAGCCAAAGGAGAUCAUACGGUGAAGCACUGGAAGAUCAGAAAGAAGCAAGAAUGAACAGCAGAAAUGGAAUCAAGGCUCAAGAAAAAGAAAAGUUAGAGGAGCAGGCCUUGCAAGCAUUCUCUAGUCCGAAGAAGACAGUCUUUGAAGGUUCCAGUAGUAGUUCUAGAGGACGUAGGAGAGGUAUGAUGAGAGGCAGAGGUCGGGGCAGAUCACAAGGAGGUCAGGAGAGGAGUCGUGGGCCUCAAUGUUUUCUCUGCAACAGCCAAGUCAAUGUUUCCACUGAGGACAAUGAAGAUGAAGUUGAAGAAGAGGCUCACCUGUUUCUGGCUUUUACCCCUACAAAGAAGAACAUAUCGCACUCUCUUGCUCUCAUGUCCAAUGAUACUGAUGAUUCUCUAUCUAGAUCCCUAUGGUUUGUAGAUUCAGGCUGCUCUAAUCACAUGACAGGGUCUAGACAAAGUUUUGUGACAUUAGAUGAAUCGUUUAAACUUGAUGUAAAGUUAGGCGACAAGAAGGAAGUAGCAGUUCAAGGCAUUGGUCAAGUGAAGGUUAGCACACCAGACGGUCAAUUUAAACUAAUUUAUGAUGUUUAUUAUGCUCCAAAGCUGGAGUACAACCUUCUCAGCAUAGGCCAGCUAAUUUUGAAGGGGUACUCACUUUGGUUUGAUGAUGAUGCAUGCAUCAUCAUUAACAAGAAGAUUGGAAUGACUCUUCUGAAGGUUGAUCAGGAAUGA